CAUUUUGUCCGAAGGAGGCCCGGUUGGAUGAACGGGGCGAAAAAUUAGGUGCACCCUCGCCCAAAGAUCGUUGACGACGCAUGGCCAACAUCCACCCGCCGGUCUUUCAUUAUUAUCAUUAUUUUUUUCACCAUAACAAAAUCAGUAUUUAAACUCUAAUUAGCCAUUACUAUAACCAACCAACGAGUAAUGGUGUCGAGCUCCGAUAGCCGCCGAGUGAUGAACGAAAAAUAAUGUAGACACUGGUUUUUUUAAAUAAGCGAACUGAAGGCCUCAAGACAUUACUCUAACGUUUGUAUUUAAUGUCAGUGAAUGAUUGUGAUUGGCGACGGAUUUCUAGUUUUCCCACUUAUUUCGGUGAGAUAUUGCUAGUUUGGCGGUGAGAAGAGGUAUUUUCAACGAUGACGAUUGCUACGAGGGGUCAGGGGGUCGGAAUUGAUCCACCUGAGAAUCAGCAGACAACACAGAUGCACAGUCCGCAAGGUCCUCAGCAGUUGGCAGAUGCGAUAUCAGGCCUGCAAUUAACGGAGAACGUGUCCCAAACAGACUGUCAGCCAGAUCCAACUCUCGAUAAUACAAAUUGCCAGCGUUCAGAGCCGGACUUUCCCCACGCGAAGCUCGCAACACUCGACGAGAAAAUAAAUUCCUCCCGAUGGGUAGUCCCGGUGCUGCCAGACCAGGAGCUCCGAUGCCUUCUCGAGGCAAGCAUAGAGCUCUGCAAAAAGGGAAUAGACGUUCACAGCGAGGCUUGCCAGCGUUUCUUCCGCGAGGGUCUCACCAUUUCCUUCACCAAAAUCCUCACUGAUGACGCUGUCAAUAGUUGGAAGCCCCACAUUCACGCAUGCAUAACCGAUAAUUGCGACAAACUCGUUGAGCUGUGCGUGAGAAAACUCGAUGAGGAUUGGUUUCCCCUGCUCGACCUGUUGGCAAUGGUCUUCAAUCCAAACAAUAAAUUCCACACUUUCAAUGCCUCACAAGCCUCUGAGACAGUCCCCCCAGGGAGUAAUAUUCCCGAUGAAGAGCUGUACGCACGUCCACCCCCAGAUCCACGAAGUCCUCGAGGUCGUCUUGUUGAUCUUAUCAACAAAUUUGGCAGCCUCGAUGGUUUUGUCAUCCUUCUGUCAAGAUUCCAGAGUGGACGAAAUUUAACAAUUCCAGUUAUUCACGCUCUCCUACGACCAUUCGGUCUCUGCUACGAACUUUUAACAGUUCAUACGAUAGUCAAAUACCUCAUGCCCAUCAUCGAAAUGGUGCCAAUUAUUCUGGAUAACCUCACCGACGACGAACUCAAGAAAGAGGCCAAAAAUGAGUCGAAGAACGACGCUAUAUCAGCCAUUAUCAAAGCCAUGAAGUGUCUGGUGUCACGAGUGCCUGGCCAGGAGGCAAUGAUCAAGAACCUUGAAAUAUUGAGACUGAAAAUGAUCCUGAGACUGCUUCAGAUAUCCUCCUUCAAUGGCAAGAUGAAUGCCCUCAACGAGGUCAACAAAGUCAUAACAAGUGUCAGUUAUUAUCCACAUCGUAAUCCCUCGUUGGAGGACGAGGAGUGGCUGACAGCUGAGAGGAUGGCAAAGUGGAUAAAGGACAAUGGUGUUUUAGAGAUAGUCCUCCGGGACUCGUUACACCAGCCCCAGUAUGUCGAGAAGCUAGAGAAAAUCCUUCGUUUUAUAAUUAAAGAGCGAGCCCUGACUCUUGAGGAUCUCGAUGCUGUGUGGGCAGCCCAGGCUGGCAAACACGAGGCUAUCGUUAAAAAUGUGCAUGAUCUUUUGGCGAAAGUCGCCUGGGAUUUUAGUCCAGAGCAGCUCGAUCACUUAUUCGAGUGCUUCCAAAUGAGCUGGAAGACAGCCAACAAGAAGCAACGUGAGAAGCUACUCGAGUUGAUUCGCCGACUUGCUGAGGACGACAAGGACGGAGUGAUGGCCCAUAAAGUGUUAACACUCUUUUGGAAUCUUGCUCAUUCUGAUGAGGUACCAACUGAAAUAAUGGAUCAGGCGCUCAAUGCUCACGUAAAGAUUCUCGAUUACUCGUGCUCCCAGGAUAGGGACGCCCAGAAAACUGUCUGGCUUGACAAGUGUGUGGAGGAGCUCAAGAGUGGGGACAAGUGGGCCCUACCAGCAUUGAAGCAGAUUAGGGAAAUUUGCUGUUUGUACGAGCCCAAUCCCAAUAUUGCCAACAACCAGCGCAGUCAUCACGUUUACUACAGGCAAGAGGUAAUCGAGCGCCUCCAGAAUCAACACAGUGUCGUUAUACUGGUCACCAAUAGCCUGACAAAUUACAUGGACAAAGUGAGGCAGUUGGUCAGAGAGAAUUCUGAUAUAGAUGUGAUGACUUUCAUGCCAGACGGUCGUUACAAUCACGUUAUGCAGGUCCAGGAGAGGUUAAAUUUUCUUAGAUUUCUCCUCAAGGACGGUCAACUGUGGCUCUGCGCUGAGCAGGCCAAACAAAUUUGGCAGUGUCUCGCCGAUCAGGCUGUUUUUGUCUCUGACAGAGAGGCAUGCUUCAAGUGGUUUUCCAAGCUAAUGGGAGAGGAGCCCGAUCUCGAUCCAGCCAUCAAUAAGGACUUUUUUGAGAAUAAUAUUCUCCAGCUAGAUCCCACAUUAUUGACAGAGAGUGGAAUAAAGUGCUAUGAGAGAUUCUUCAAGGCUGUCAACUCGAAAGAGGGAAAGUUGAAGUUGAAGAGACGAACUUUUCUGAUGGACGAUGUCGAUCUCAUCGGCACUGACUACCUCUGGAGAGUUGUCACCAACAGUCCAGAGGAAAUAGCUAAUCGGGGGAUCGAGCUGCUCAAAGAGGUGAACACGAAUUUGGGGCCUAGACUACAGCUCUCGGUUCUGGCAUUUCACGAGACGUACAUUGCUGAGUGUAUGGACAGACUGAGAGCUCACUACGAUACGGUGACGGUAUUAAGUGAUGUUGUCGUUGAAGGCAAGGAGGAGACAGAUGAGCAGGUGUCGAAUAAAAUAAAAAAUGAAGCUCUGAAGAUGUGCAGGGUGAUGAAGGUCCUACAGGAAUACAUAAACGAGUGUGACACUGCGUUUCCAGGGGAAAGGAAAAUUCUACCACUUCACAGAGCUGCACGGGGCAAACACAUGUCCCUAGUCAUUCGUUUUGUUAAUCCAGGUCGGAGUAUCGAUGACAUCGAGAUCUACACUCACAGCAAUGAUACACUGGCAUCUCUCAGGCGACAAAUUCUUCGGAGAAUCAAGGCUAGCGGGACAAAUGUCAAGCUGGAUCUAUUUAUCAAUGGAGAAUCUUUGGAGCAGGCAGAUGACAGAAAAUUACUCUCGCAAAUUCCAUUGAGAGACAAAAUGCUACUAUCUGCUAAGCUAUCCCAAAUUAACAGCAAUAUGCCGAGCUCUCCAGACAGCAGUUCAGAUUCAUCGACGAGCUCACCCCAUCAUCCCUACGAUGGACCCAAUUUGGAAGCUGAAAACAGUCUCCCGGGUGUGGUGAUGUCACAGCGAGCACAACAUGCUACAUUUUUCUUUCAACUGUCAGAUCUGGGAUGCUCGUUGAAACAUUCAAGCCUUCGUGAUGGUGCCCGUAAUUUACUUCAGCUUGUACCCCCAGAUGCCCUGACUGUUCUCAGGCUCCAGUGGCUCUUUGGCCACUACAAGAACGACGAGAUGUCACUGAAUCCCCACUGUAAUGAGCAGAACACAAGUGUCGACACUUUAUUCUUUGCAGUAUCUGCCAGUCAGGUUUUGUAUAAUCUGGAGGUACUUUAUACUCUUCUGAUGCCCGCUCUGGAUCCCCUCUCGGAGAAAGCCUUUGAUUUUCAACUGAAUUUUAUAAAGAGUGGAGAGGCCGGUGUGAUUCUAGACAUGCUAACGAAGAACAAAUUUCUGCCGAAUGCUGAUGAGACGACAAAACGAUCGGCUUAUCUCACUGUUCUCAAGCUCUGCAAACUUUUACUUACAGUUAUUGGGAAUUUGAUGGCUUGUGUGAUGGACGAGGUACAGCAAGCGACUAUACCAGAAAAUCAUGAUACGCAUUUUCACAAUAAUCGUAGCCUCGUUGCUAUUCUAAAGCAAGCCCUCCACACUGUGCCCAAUCAAAAUACUGAGUACAUGCUGAGGAGUGUUGCUACGAAGUUGGCGCAACAUUUGGCGAGUCAAAUGUUAUCUCGAGGGCCUGAGUCUGACCGAUGUCGUCAGCUUUUUAUCCAGGCACUGUCCUGGGAGCUGCCAGACAUGGCAACCAUUCGUGCCAUUAUUAAACUCGCUUGGGCAGCCUCAUCUGGUAAUCUCAAUCACGCUGAUGGAACUAUUGAGAUGCUGCAUACUAUGCACGAGGCAAAUCAGAAAGAGCAAAAGACUCCAGAUGCUAACGAUGUGCUUGUUUGCAAGGAGGCCCUGGAGGUACUCACCAUUGCCCUCGUUCUCAAUCCAUCUGCCCUAUCGUCCUUAACAAAAGAAAAACUCUGGCACACUUUUCUAACGGAUCUUGUCCUGGGAAGUCCGUCCAGGGCCAUUAGAAUCGCAGCUGCUGAGCAAUUUCUCCUUAUAUCAACCUGGUGUAACUCCAAUCAUCAAUCCUUUCAAAACACCAUUCUCCUGCUUUUCGCUGUCCUCGAUACGACUGUUGUGGAGAACGCCAAGCAGAGUCACGAGUAUUUUCAAUUGCUCUGCAGACUUUUGAAUUGCGCCCACAUAUCUGUGUGUCCUCUCCCCUCGGCUGAAGCCCUCCUCGGUGUGGAGGUAACCUGGCUCAAGAAGGUUAAAGAAGCUGUGAUGGAGUCUGGAGAAAUAGCCAUUGAUGAGGCUCUCCUAGAGGGUCAUCUGAGUCUAACAAAAGAACUUCUUGCCUUUCUCCCGGCCUCGAAGAAGUAUGAGCUCGGAUGCGAUGAAAAACGUGGUGACAAUCUCAUCAAAGAACUCGUCGAGGACUUUAUCUUUCCUGCAUCUAGACUAAUGCUUCAAUUGAGAAGCACUGGCGAGCUGAGCUCCACUCAGGCCAGUCCUGUAUGCACAACUCCUCAAUCAACGAGUGCAGCCUUUGAUUUACUUGUCGGGCUGUGUGUAAGGUGUGUUCCUAAUAUGAAACUUCUAGUCACCAUGCUAACAGACAUGUUUUACUCGGAUCGAGACGAGCCACUUAACGAGUGGGAUUAUUUGCCACCAGUGGGACCGAGGCCCCUCAAAGGUUUCGUCGGGCUGAAGAAUGCUGGUGCCACUUGCUACAUGAACUCUGUUCUCCAGCAGUUGUACAUGGUGGAGAGCAUUAGGGUAGGACUCCUGAUGGCUGAAGGAGCUGCCACUGAUCUCAACGAGGAUUUCUCGGGAGAAGAGAGAGUCGAUGGUGAGCAAACUAUCGAGGCCAGUGACAAUGACACCAACGAGGAAAAGUGUGGAGUUGAUGAGUCAAGAAAAGAGUACAAUAUUGGAAUUCUCAAACAAGUGCAAGCGAUAUUUGGCCAUCUCGCUUACAGCAAGCUCCAGUACUACAUCCCUAGAGGUCUUUGGAAGCACUUCAAAUUGCAGGGGGAACCUGUCAAUCUCAGAGAACAACAGGACGCUGUGGAAUUUUUUAUGAGUCUUGUGGAGAGUCUUGACGAGGCCCUGAAGGCUCUGGGCCACGAGCAGAUUAUGGGUAAAAUCCUAGGUGGAUCGUACAGCGACCAAAAAAUCUGCAAGGGCUGUCCCCACAGAUACUCCAAAGAGGAGCCCUUCAGUGUUAUCAGUGUUGACAUAAGAAAUCACAGUAAUCUACUGGAUUCUCUCGAGCAGUACGUCAAGGGGGAACUUCUCGAGGGGGCUGACGCCUAUCACUGCGACAAGUGCAACAAGAAGGUUGUCACUGUUAAACGUCUAUGCGUCAAAAAAUUACCACCAAUUCUGGCUAUUCAGCUUAAACGAUUUGAAUACGAUUUUGAACGUGUGUGUGCUAUCAAGUUCAAUGACUAUUUCGAAUUUCCCAGAGAUUUGGAUAUGGAGCCGUACACUGUCAAUGGGCUUGCAAAACUCGAGGGAGAGGUGAUAGACUGCGAUUACGAUCAAGUCAAUAAGGGAACGUGUACAAAGUAUCAGUUGAGUGGAAUAGUGGUUCACAGUGGUCAGGCCUCUGGUGGGCAUUACUAUUCGUAUAUUCUUCACAGGCAGAACGAUGGUACUGCCAAGUGGUACAAGUUCGAUGAUGGCGAUGUAACAGAGUGCAAGAUGGAGGAGGAGGAGGAGAUGAAAUCACAGUGCUUUGGGGGAGAUUACAUGGGUGAAGUGUUCGAUCAGAUGCUCAAACGAAUGAACUUUAGGAGGCAGAAACGCUGGUGGAAUGCUUACAUGCUCUUCUACACUCGGCUCGAUGUCGAGGAAAAUUCCCUCAUGAAGAGUGUCAAUGAAUUAUCAUUGUACACCAAGUUGGGUGUGAUGAAAAUGCCACCUGCCAUUGAAUACAGCGUGAGAAAGCAGAAUAUCAAGUUCAUGCACAAUAGGAAUCAAUUUAGUCCCGAAUAUUUUCAAUUUAUCAGGAAGCUCGUCUCGUGCAAUUCACUUCAUACCACCCGACUAAAUCUCAAUGAUAAGCUGAGUCCGGAGGCCGAGGAGUUAUCGAUGCUGUCGGUUCAGCUUGCCUCGAGAUUUUUAUUCUACACUGGCUUUCACACGAAAAAAACCCUCCGGGGCACUGCAAUGGACUGGUAUGAUAUUCUGUGCCACCACUUGAGGGACAGUAAAGCCGUUCGCUCGUGGUUUGCCCACAAUGUUCUAUUCAAUCAUCCCCACAGAUUCUGCGAGUACCUCCUGAGCUGUCCUAGCACUGAAGUUCGAUCGGCAUUUCUCAAAAUUCUCGUCUUUCUUGCUCACUUUUCCCUUCAGGAUGGCCCCUGUGCGCCCCCAAGCCUCAAUGCCCCCUCCAUUCUUUUGGAUCCAACAGCAACGCUCAGCGAUCAUCUUCUUCACGCUGUUCUAUCGCUGCUACAUCGAGAAAUUUCGGACCAUGGCCGACACCUGCCCCACUAUUUCUCAUUAUUCCAUUCGUAUGCCACCCUGGGACUUCCUGAGAAACAACAGCUCCUCAAGCUCAACGUUCCAGUGACAUUUAUGCUUGUGGCUAUUGAUGAGGGACCGGGGCCAACGAUCAAGUAUCAGUAUCCAGAGCUUACCAAGCUCCAUCAAGUUGUCAGUAUGUUGAUCAGGUGUUGUGAUGUCUCAUCGCGAUGCCAGUCAAGCCAUGCACCAUCGGGAAUUCCUGUGCUACCCAAUCCUUAUGGGGAUCCUCAGUGUCAGAGAGACUAUCUAAUGGUUAUUCAGCCCCAGGCUGCUGAGAUCCUCUUCACAAGGACAAGCUAUAUGAAGAAGCUCAUUGAAGAUGCUAAUAUCACCGAGGACACUGUUAAAUUGCUCCAAUACUGCUGCUGGGAGAAUCCUCAUUUAUCGCGGACCAUUUUGAGUGAACUCCUCUGGCAAAUUGGCUUUGCCUACACUCACGAGCUCAGACAUCACACUGAUCUUCUUUUGGCCAUGCUCCUCAUGGAGGACUCCUGGCAGACCCACAGAGUUCACAAUGCUCUCAAAGGUGUACCCGAGGAGAGGGAGGGACUCUUCGAUACCAUACAAAGAAGCAAGAAUCACUACCAGAAGAGAGCCUAUCAGUGUAUCAAGUGCAUGGUGUCGCUGUUUAGCAAGUGUCGACCUGCUCAUCAGUUGCUCUAUCAGAAUGCUGAGAUGAAGAGGAAGUGGCUUCUUGCCAUCGACUGGCUCCAGGAUGAGCUUGAGAAAAGGCCAUACACAUCGGCACCACCUUACAGUCAUGCUUACAAUAAUUGGUCCCCACCGACACAAUCCAAUGAGUCAACCAAUGGCUACUAUUUGGAAAGGAGUAAUUCAGCUAAAAAAACACUCGAGAGGGCUUUUGAACUCUGUCCUGAUGAGGAGCCCGAAGUCGAGGAGGCUAUUUAUGCAAGCCAACCAGACGUGACAGUUACCCAACAAAUGGAGGAUCAAGAGACCCAGCAGUCCCACCAACCGACCCCAUCUCCAGUACACACCAUUCACACAUCACACCAGGUUACACUAGACAUUGAGUGUUUUCCACAAAGCCAACAAGAUAAUUGUCACCAGGAGCCUUGAAAAAACAUUUGCGCUCUUCAAUAUUGAAAAGAUAAACGAGUGAAUAAUGCACUUUUAAUGCGAUUGUAUUUAAAUCGAUGAAAUGUCUUGGAGGAGAAUGUUUCUACUCGAAAAAUAUAUAUAAUAAUAAAUAAAUAACGCGUAAACGUUGUACUGUAAAUAAAAUAGGUAUUUACAUGGA